UUCCGGCCGAAGCAGUCCCUGGGCCAGAACUACCUGAGCGACCAGAACUACGCGACGAAGAUCGUCGACAGUUUGGGCGACGACAGCGAGCGGGGCCGCCGCGUCGUCGAGCUCGGGCCGGGGCUCGGCGCGCUGACGCGCCUGCUCCUGCGCCAGUACCCCGAGAUGGUCGCCGUCGAGAUCGACGGCCGCGCCGUCGAGCUCCUGGAGCAGACCUACCCCGCGCCCUUCACGGUGCUCCACAGCGACGUCCUCGCGGUCGACUACACGAAGCUCGCGGCCGCGCGCGGCGGGCGCCUGUCCGUCAUCGGCAACCUGCCCUACUACAUCACGUCCCAGAUCCUCUUCUGCCUCUGCGACCACCACGCGUCCGUCAGCCGCGCCGUCGUGACCAUGCAGCACGAGGUCGCGCUCCGCCUCGUCGCGAAGCCGCGGACGAAGGACUACGGCAUCCUCAGCGUCGUCUUCCAGCUCUACGCGCAGCCGAAGAUCGCCUUCAAGAUCCCCCACACGGCCUUCUACCCCCAGCCCAAGGUCACGAGCGCGCUCGUCGCCAUCGACUUCCCCGAGGGCGGCGUCGACCUGCCCGUGGACCCGCGGAAGCUCCGGACCGUCGUGACGACGGCGUUCCGCCAGCGGCGGAAGAUGCUCCGCCAGUCGCUCAAGGGCAUCCUCAACGGGGCAACGCUGCCGGACCAGUUCGCCACGAAGCGGCCCGAGGAGCUCGCGCCCGCGGAGUUCCUCGACCUCACGGGCGCGAUCUAC